AGUCGCUUAACUUUCUGACUAAAAGCUGAAAUCUGACAGUCAUGAUCUUGGCAGAAGCUGGAUUUUUGGUUUGGGGUUUCAUUCAGUGUGUCUCAGGUGUUAAUGGAGGAGAAACCAGGAUCUGUGCUCUCAAAGGUUCAUCAGUGGAUCUGCACUGCUCACAUCAACAUCUGACUUCAAGCAGCAAAUGGUUCACUAUACACUUGAAUGGAUCAGUGAGUGAGCUUUCUGUGGAUGGACAACGUGUAACGUACAACAUGUCUGAAGAGAAAAACCCAACUUUAACCAUCAAUGAUCUAAGAGAGAGUGAUGCAAACACUUACUGCUGUAUGAAGACUACAGACAGUCCAGGACUCUGCUCACUCAGUAAUAUUACUCUUCAAGUUGUUACAGAGCUGCAGGUAAAGGUGAUUCCUGCCACAGAGGGACAGACAGUAACACUGAUGUGCAGCAGCAGCUGUCCUCUGACUGAAAAGCCUGCAGCCUACAUCUGGUACAAGAACAGAGAGUUUCUCUAUGAGGACUGGUCUCCCUGGUACCAAGAGCUGCUCAGCAGUGAGGAAGCAGUCACAUACUCCUGUGCUGUCAAAGGCUACGAGCAUCUCAGAGCCCCUGAAGUCUCUGUGGGUUCCAUCACAGAGACCUGCUUCAGUGUGACCUAUGCUAAAGGGAGAAUGUGUUCUUCUCAGCAGACAUCAGUAGAUGAGCCGUGCUCCAUCACAUAUCCCAGAGAGCUUUGUGUUCAAAGAACUUCCUACACAUCAGAUAAUGUCACACUGACCUGUAACAACAGCUGUAAUCUGACUGACCAUCAAACUACAUACACGUGGUACCAAAACCGAAGCAGAAACGACAAGAAUGAAAAUAUUUCAAUUCAUAUCUCUGCAAAAGACAAGUUCUCUUGUGCCGUAAAAGACCACGAGCAUCUUCAGUCUGCAGAAGUCUGUGUUCAGGAUAAAAACUGCUGGAGAGUGAAUUAUGUCAGCAGGAGAAUCUGUGCUCUGGAAGGAUCUUCAGUCAACAUCACAAGUGAAUACUCACAUCCUGAUAACAUGAAGCCAGAGUUUAAAUGUUGGAGUAAAAAAUGGAGAAAAGAUAAAGUGGAAGUUGAAGAGCUGAUUGAGGCUGCAGGUCGUGUGGAGUAUCAGGACAACAUGACGAACCAACACAUCCUGACCAUCAACAACCUGAAGAAGAAUGACUCAGGAGGAUACACAUUCAGAUUCCACAAAGAUCAUACAAGAUGGACACAGUCUGAUCUGCCUGGAGUCUUUUUGAUUGUCACAGAGCUGAGAGUGAAGAUGAGUCCUUCUGCAGUGAUGACAGAGGGUCAGAGAGUCACACUGACCUGCAGUACCAGCUGUCCUCUGACUGACAACACAAACUACAUUUGGUACUUGAACAGUCGACCUCUGACCCCGAGAGAGAACCAGAACAAACAUCUGAUCCUAGACCCAGUCAGCAGGGAGGAUGCAGGAAGCUACUCCUGUGCUGUGAAAACCAACAAAGAUAUCAGCUCUGCUCCAAAGACUCUCACUGUCCAAAGUAUCACAGGAACAUGGACACCAGCAGCUGCAGGAGUUUCUGCUGCUCUGCUGCUUUUAAUACUUCUCACUAUCUGCUGGUGUGUUAGGAAACAGAGAACUUCUGCUCAGUCUCCAACAACUGAAAGCUCUGACCAAAUUGAACAGCUCAGCCUUGGUCCUGUUAAUGACAUCUCAACACAACCAAAGGAGGAGGAUGAAGUCCACUACAGCAGAGUCAACUUUAAAAAUAAACAUGUGGUUCCUCUUUGUUCCACCGUACAGUCAGAUCAGCCCAGAGAACAGGAGUGUUCUCAUUAUGCUGCUGUCAGAUUCAGCUCUGCCGGAGCAUCUGGUGUCACUCCAGCAGACACAGACUCACAGACUUACUCUACUGUAAAGCUUUGA